CGUGCUAAUGUAUACACCACGCUCCUGUCGGUUAAAUAUUCACAUACUGCUGUACUAAAUAGUAUGUUAAAAAACAGUACACGUGUUGAACUUUGGUUUAUUAACUGGUUGGGUAAAAGGUCACAGUUUUAUUCUGACAGCACGUUUGGACUGUAGGAUCAGGACAUGGCUGAAGAGGUGGAUGUUGUAGUAGUGGGCUCCUGUAUGACUGAUCUGGUCAGCCAGACACCUCGACUGCCCAAAGCUGGAGAGACAAUACAUGGCCACAAGUUCUUUAUCGGCUUCGGCGGCAAAGGAGCAAACCAGUGUGUCCAGGCUGCUCGGCUCGGAGCCAAGACUGCGAUGGUGUGCAAGGUUGGAAAAGAUUUUUUCGGGAGCAACUAUAUUCAGAAUUUCAAAGACAACGCCGUAUGCACAGCUUUUGUGACUCAGACGGCUGAAGCCAUGACCGGAGCUGCCUCCAUCAUCGUAAACGAUGCAGGUGAGAAUGCCAUAGUGAUUGUAGCAGGUGCCAACAUGCUGCUGGGGGAAGAGGAGCUGGAGCAGGCACGCUCUGCCCUGGCUAAAGCCAAAGUGUUGCUCUGCCAGCUGGAGAUCAGCUCACACAUCUCGCUGCAGGCCCUGCGAAUAGCUCGACAAAGCAAUGUGAAGACCAUCUUUAACCCAGCCCCUGCUAUUCCAGACCUCCACACUGACUUCUACAGGGAAUCCGACAUUUUCUGCUGUAAUGAGUCUGAGGCUGAGUUGCUAACGGGGACUCGUGUGGCGUCAGUGAAUGACGCAGGACAUGCAGGUCUGGAGCUGCUGAAACGCGGUUGUGCUGCAGUCAUCGUCACUCUGGGUCCACAAGGCUGUGUGGUGCUACAGGCCUCAAACCCAAAUCCCAAACACAUCCCUACAACUAAGGUCACCCCAGUCGACACUACAGGUGCUGGUGACAGUUUCAUGGGUGCGCUGGCCUUCUACAUGGCCCACUAUCCGUCGAUGCCUCUGGAGGAAAUGAGCAGGAGAGCAAACCUGGUAGCUGCAGUGUCUGUGCAGAGCAUCGGCACUCAAACAUCUUAUCCGUUCAAGAAGGACCUGGCAGCAGAACUGUUUUAACCCACCCUUAAUAUCGUAUCUUCUUUCUAUAGAAAUAAAAUCUUACCUCACCCACUGCA